UUUUUCCUGGAAUUGUGAUGUGGUCUGUUCCUAAAUCCAUCAGUUCUCUUUAGUGUUUGCCAAUGUUGGAGGUGUAACUGGGGUCUGGCCCUGGACAAAGGUAUAGAGCAUGGCUCAAGUGAAAGUGCAGACCUCAACGCCCCUGGCUGGCCCUGGCUUCUCCCCCCUGUCUCCCCUCGGGGCCAUGCCCAGUCCAGGACCCUUGGGUCUACAGCCCUCAGUCAAUGGCCCUGGGCCCACCCCCGGCUGCCCCGCCCCCUCAGCCGGGGGUGGGCCCGACACCCCUGUGUCUGCCAACUCACCAGGCCCACCCCAGGAGAACAUGGCAAACCCUAAAGAGAAAACUCCCAUGUGUCUGGUGAAUGAGUUAGCCCGUUUCAACAGGAUCCAACCGCAGUACAAGCUGCUCAACGAGAGAGGCCCUGCACACGCUAAGAUCUUUACAGUGCAGCUGUGUCUGGAGGAGCAGGUGUGGGAGGCGGAGGGCACCAGCAUCAAGAAGGCUCAGCACUCCACCGCCUGCCUUGCCCUCACUGAGAGCCUUCUGCCCAGGCCCGCUCCUCGCUCUCCUACAAUGGACGUCAACAGCAACCCAGGUAGUAUCACCCCUACGGUGGAGCUGAAUGGUCUGGCUAUGAAGAGAGGUGAGCCAGCUAUCUACCGUCCCCUGGACCCCAAGCCCAUGCCCAACUACAGAGCCAACUAUAACUUCAGAGGCAUGUUCAACCAAAGGUACCACUACCCAGUUCCAAAGAUCUUCUAUGUCCAGUUGUCUGUGGGCACUAAUGAGUUUAUUGGAGAGGGCCGGACUCGCCAGGCAGCCCGUCACAACGCCGCCAUGAAGGCCCUGCAAGCCCUCCGCAAUGAACCCAUACCUGAACGACCACCUCAGAGCCCCGAGGAGCAGAAGGAGCUGGAUGAGGGGAGUGAUGCCUCUAAGUCAGAAAUCAGUCUGGUUUACGAGAUAGCCCUCAAGAGGAACCUGUCUGUCUGCUUCGAGGUCUUGAAGGAAAGCGGCCCCCCUCACAUGAAGAGCUUCCUGACCCGUGUGUCCGUGGGGGAGUUCUCAGCGGAGGGCGAGGGGAACAGUAAGAAGCUGUCUAAGAAGAGGGCUGCUCUCUCCAUUCUCCAGGACCUCAAGAAACUCCCCUUCACCCCGUUAGUGGAGAAACCCAAACUACACUACAAGAAACGCCCCAAGACCAUCCUCAAGACAGGUCCUGAUUAUGGCCAGGGCAUGAAUCCCAUCAGUAGACUGGCUCAGAUACAACAGGCCAAGAAGGAGAAGGAGCCUGAAUACCUCUUGCUGUCUGAGAGAGGCAUGCCCCGACGCAGGGAGUUCAUCAUGCAGGUGAAGGUGUGUGGCGAGGUAGCCACGGGAACAGGGCCAAAUAAGAAGGUGGCGAAGCGGAAUGCUGCUGAGGCUAUGCUACUGCAGCUGGGAUACAAGGCCUCCACCUGCCCACAGAGCCCUACUGAGAUGGACGACAAAGGCUGGAACGGACAAAACACGUCUUUUAACGAAACUACGACUAGCACCCAGAAGGGUCUACUCCACCUCUCCCCGGACGUCUAUCAAGAGAUGGAGGCGAGCAGGAAACAGGGGGCCCCCGUUAACUACCUAACCCCCAAACUAUCUGACCCCCUGGUCGUCCCUCUGUCCCCUGGACACACCCCCUACUACAGCCCCCCUGCAGUUGCCACGGCAGCCAUGGCGAGGGAGCUGUUGAUGAACGGGUCAGGAGAGGGGAGGUCUGGGGAGAACAUAGGACUGAAGGGGAAGAGCUCUGUCCAGCCCUCACAGCAACUAGAGUACCUGGCUCAAAUACAAGGCUUCCAGGUGCUGUACAGCGAUGGUCAGAAUGGUAGAGAGUUCAUGACCUACCUGACACUCUCACCUGUACAGAUGACUUUCCAUGGCAUCGGGAGCUCCAUCGAAGCCAGCCACGACCAGGCUGCUCUAAGUGCCUUGAAACAGCUGUCGGAACAGGGACUGGACACGGUGGACUGUCCUAUCAAGAGCAGCGAGGUGUGUGUCAGAGAGGACGGACACUGAACAGACUAACUCAGGCACCACCCACCACUCAGGUCGCCGUGGAUACAACAGGCUGUCGUCAAGGAGAUGACCCCUGACCCUUUCCCCGUCACCUAUGACCCCUAUCCCCCCCACGACCGCUGCUGCAUCCUAGCAACAACCUGGAACAACAUGCAACGGAGUGUGUGGAUGUGUACCGAGAAGGAAAAAAAUGAAAUAACCGACUAACUAGAAAAAGAUGGGGAAGAAACCUAUGAGUCUCUAUGUGAAGACAACACUAUUCUAACACAUUACAUGUAUUGAUCAUUUACGAGGAAUUUAAAUUUAAAAAAUAAAUACAAAUAUAUAUAUAAUUUUAAAAAACUAGAUUGAGUAUAAACACCUAGAUUUUCCCUGUUGGAUAGAUGUGUAAUGAAAUGGGUCAAACCCCAAUAUGUAUAUCAUGCCAUGAAGACAGAGGCAACAUUAUAGGGGGGUGGGGGGGGUGGGGGGGACAAAGUUGUGUAGCUUAUUUUCCAAGGGGUAAUUAUGUUUCUGUUUAUUUUCUAGUUUAUUCAUCUAACAAUGCUUGAGUACUGACUGUAUUAUAAAAUUAGCCAAUAGCAGUGCUGUGAAAGUUGUAGCAGUUGUCUUCUCAUACAGUAAUAUUCACCCAGCUUAUCUUUCAUGCUGAUAUUAAUAAAAACAAAAAAACAAAAAAA